AUGAGAAAUUAUACAAAAGUAACAGAGUUUGUUCUUCUUGGAUUGACAGAUGAUCCCCAGUGGCAGGUCGUUCUGUUUGUAUUUCUUCUUAUUACCUACAUGCUAAGUGUGACUGGGAACCUGACAAUUAUCACCCUCACCCUUUCAGAUCCCCAUUUACAGACACCAAUGUAUUUCUUCCUUCGGAACUUCUCCUUGCUAGAAUUAUCCUUUACAUCAGUCUGUACUCCCAGAUUCCUCGUCACUCUCGUGACGGGAGACAGAACGAUUUCCUAUAACGAUUGUUUGGCACAGCUAUUUUUUUUCAUCCAGCUGGGGGUGACAGAAUUUUACCUUCUGGCUGCCAUGUCCUAUGACCGCUAUGUGGCCAUCUGCAAACCUCUGCAUUACACAACCAUCAUGAGCAGCAGAGUCUGCAUCCUCCUCAUCUUCUGCUCCUGGCUGGCAGCCUUCCUGAUCAUUUUCCCAGGAAUCCUCUUGCUGGUGCAGCUGGAUUUCUGCGCCUCCAAUAUAAUUGAUCAUUUUCUCUGUGAUGCUUCUCCAAUCCUGCAGCUUUCUUGCACGAACACUCGCUUUCUAGAACUCCUGGCAUUUUGUGCUGCAGUGGUGACACUUAUGGCCACCUUAACACUGAUCAUUCUCUCCUACUCAUACAUUAUCCGCACAAUCCUGAGAAUUCCUUCAGCGAGUCAAAGAAAAAAAGCCUUUUCCACGUGUUCCUCCCACAUGAUAGUCGUCUCCCUCUCUUAUGGGAGCUGCAUCUUCAUGUACAUCAAGCCUUCUGCUAGGGAAAGGGUGACCUUAAGCAAAGGGAUAGCCCUUCUCAAUACUGCAGUAGCUCCUCUCUUGAAUCCUUUCAUAUAUUCCCUUAGAAAUCAACAAGUGAAGCAAGCUUUCAAGAACAUGAUCCAGAAAAUUGGUGUUGCCACAAACAAAUGA